AUGGCGCAGUGCCUCACGUGGCAAGUUCUCGACCAGCGGCAGACCGGCGAGUGUCUCGACGCCGUAGACCUUGAGGCGCUGCGAGUUGUCAUCAAGCGCAUCGACGACGAUCACGGUGGGGCGCUGCUACAGUCGGGUAAGCGAACUGCGACUCAGGUGAAUGUGUUGCUGGACCUCUACGGCCAUCUUGUCUUGUUUGCCAAAGCGUCGCAGUUUUCCCAGUUCAAGACAAGUACGCUCUUUGGCAUCGUGCAUCGUGUGCACGAAGCGAGCAUCGUAGAUCGCCUUUCCCGCUUUCACUCGUACGACCUCCUCCGGGAGCUCGUGGUGCGGCACAGCGUACACCGCCCGCCGUACUCGACGAUGGUGUUCAACGUGCGAGAAGUGCAGGAUAUCGACACGUACAUGAUGAGCACCUACUACCGCCACUAUAAAAUGUACGUGUACUGCUUUGUACCACGCGAGGUGGCGAGCCUUCGGACAGUCAUGCUGAACGACACCGCCGAGGUACCGCCAGCUCAACUCCCGCCUCUGUCCGCUGCCAUUAAAGAGGAUGCUUGGAAGCAGAAGAUGCAGGAGAAGGUGCGCACGCUCGAGGAGGCCGAGAUGGAGGAGGAGCUGAUCGUCUCAGAUGCGGUGUCUGAGGCGCAGAAGAACGCGGCCACGCUUGACAAUUCCAGAUUUAUGGCCGGCAUUCGCGUGCAGCUUGAGGCGAUUCGCGACGCCGUGUCGACAAAGUCCAGCGAACGACUAGACUUCAUCGAGGAGAAACUCACGGCUAUUGAGGCCAAGGUGAAUGAGGCGCAGAGUAGUGGCAAUCGUAGUCGUCAGGGCUCCAGAGGGUCGUCGAAGAAGAAGUGA